AUGAGAUAUCAGCGAGAGACUGGUCGCUUCUGCGAUGUGUGUAUAGUCGUGAAAGACCGUCAAUUUUCUGCGCAUCGCAACAUAUUGGCAUCUUGUAGUCCUUAUUUUGACUCAAUUCUGAAAUCUACGAAGGUAACGAAAGAGCAGGUGGUAGUAAACUGCCAACACCCGAAAGCUUUUGAAUUGCUCCUGAACUAUAUGUACAGUGGUUGUGUCGUCAUUGAUCGUACUACUGUGGCCGAAUUGCUCCGAUUAGCCAACAAUUUCUUGGUUACCAAACUCAAGAAUUACUGCGCUGAAUACCUCGACAGGUAUCUGGAUGCUGCAAACUCAUUGUCGGCAGCGUCAGAGUAUUUCGACGUCAAUAUAAAUCGGUGUCUUCUUGAAUCGGUUGACAUUCUGAAGUAUCCGAUGCAGCAGCUGCUCAAAAUAUUGGAGGACCCCAAGUACCAAGACGUAAUCAGCCCUGAUGUGUACCUCAAUGACCAUUUUUUCCACCUUUUUCCGCUUUACCGUAGCAUUGGCAGACUUAUCGUACGCUGGGUUGGAGAAGAUGUGGCCAGCAGAGAAUCUUCAUUUCGACCCUUGUUGGAACGAUGCCGCGUCGUCGACGUAUCUGACAAUGCUCUAGAAUUUGUUUUGGAUUACUCACCUUUGUUGACGAAAAAUCAGAAUUGUCGGUAUAUUCUUCUUGGCGCUAUGUGA